AUGGCAGAAGCAGGCAUCAACCAGUUGCUCAACAUUUCUUGGACAUUGCACCGUCUCUCCCCCUUGCACCAUGAGAAAGAGUAUCAGACCCUUCUCGACAACCCUGUCGCUCUAAAAACAUACGCGGCUCGACUGCGCGAUCAGCUCACCGGGAAUGUACUCGCGGGCGUCCAAACGGGCGCGCCCGCCGUCGCCGAGGAAUCUCUCUUUAGAACCGGUGCGCUCAAAGACUGCACCUGGGAGACGAUCUCAACGCUCGCAUUAUUAGAACCCGAAGAUGUGUCUGGUUCUCAUUCUAGCAGCCAAUCGGCUGGAAUAUCUGUGACGCUGGAAUACGAAAACAUCACUUACAGAGCUGUUUUGCUCGCACCUCCGAAUCCAUCUCAUACCCUGUCUGCUCGGAAAAAAUCCACGUAUCUCCCAUUGCUGCUGACUCGGUUCCCGAGCCCGCUCAGACAGAAUUUUAUUUCGUUCCUGUCUGACAAUUUCGACACUUACUGUUCGAGUCUUCGUCUUCCGUCGCAGUUCAUGUGCUCCGCACUGGAAAUGUAUCUCAAUGCCUUGAAGCUAGGAGAUGAGGGGAGAGACGCCCAGAUUGUGCUAGAGGACAUUGUGAAAGAGUUGCAGUUGACUGUGGCGUUUUCUCCUCAUGUUGCGCCCGCACUGAGAUCUCUGAACAUUAACGUCCCACAGUCAUCGUUGAAGAGCGUGAUGCUCAUGUCUAGUGGGCCGUCGGGGACACCUGGACACGGCUCGGUCUUAUCGGGCCUUUCUGCCUAUGUUGAGAAACAUCUAGCAAUGGAUCUGGAUUUGGCUGGAUCUUCUUCGUCGUCCAAUGUGACAAAACAACAUGUGCGUGUUUCAAAGAUCGCAUGUGGUGGGUUCCUCCUAGCUGGCGAGGGGAGAUUGAAGCUAGUUGUUCAGCUAGGGAAACCCGGUUCUGGCGAUAGAUCAACUGAUAAUGAUGAAGAAGCUCGGAACCAAAGGAGCCGUCUUGCGUUGCGGGCCAAUGAAGCCUUGCUUCAUCUCGUUCUACGAAGGGCUGCUUCCAGUGAAUUAGACGACAUAUAG